CGGAGGCCAAUCGGGAUCCGUUACUUGCAUGGCGGCUUACAGACUUCUAGGCAUUGGGCAACCGAAGCAGAUUUUCCUCGCGUAAAACUAUACUCAGUUCUCGGCAACAAUUGUCCUAAAGUGCCUCAUUUCCUCUGAUUGGGUUUCCGGAACCGACACCAUCAAUCAUGGAUCACAUUAUGGUAUUCGUUGAGCCUGCUAAGCAGUUUUCCAAGGAUUCACUUCGACUUGUCAAGAGGUGCACCAAGCCCGACAGGAAAGAGUUCCAGAAAAUUGCUAUGGCAACUGCAAUUGGAUUUGCCAUUAUGGGCUUCAUCGGCUUCUUCGUCAAGCUCAUUCACAUUCCCAUCAACAACAUCAUUGUGUGA